GCCUUGAUCUCCCCAGCAGACUAAGGGCUGCGGCCAUCAUGCCACAAUGGUUAUAAUUUGGAUCUUGCUGCUGAGUUUGUUGCAGGAAUCUUGGUCCCAAGGGCUGGCUGCGGAGGUGCCCGAGGUACCUUAUUGUGCUAAAGGCCAGACGUGUGACCCAAGGCUGCGCAGAGAUGCUGGGGGGCGCGGCGGAGUCUAUGAGCAUCUCGGGGGAGCACCCAGGCGCAGGAAGCUCUACUGUGCCACUAAGUAUCACCUCCAGAUCCACUCCAAUGGGAAAAUCAACGGCAGCCUGGAGAAAAACAGCGUCUUCAGUAUUCUAGAGAUAACUGCAGUUGAUGUUGGAGUCGUUGCCAUCAAAGGGUUGUUCUCUGGCAGCUACCUGGCCAUGAACAAAAGGGGCAGACUUUAUGCUUCAGAAACUUACAAUGCAGAAUGUGAGUUCGUGGAAAGGAUCCAUGAGUUGGGCUAUAACACUUACGCAUCUCGCCUAUACCGGACAGUGCCCAAUGGAGCCAAUACCAAACGCAAAGCCAGUGCUGAGAGACUCUGGUAUGUCUCCAUCAAUGGGAAAGGCCGACCCAGAAGGGGCUUUAAAACCCGCAGGACACAGAAAUCCUCUCUCUUUCUGCCCAGGGUACUGGAUAACAAAGAUCAUGAAAUGGUCCGUCUAUUUCACACAAAUGUUAAAUACAGAGAGAGUCUACUGAAGCCUCUGAGUAAGAAUAAAAGAAGAAGAAGGAGAGGACACCAAUGGGUUCCUUGGGGGGAUUGGGGUGGGGACUGAAAGCAAAGAAGAGUGUUCGAAGUGCAACUAGAAAACAGACAGCUGUGACUGCAUGACAUAUCAGCAGGGACAUUCUUGAUACAAUGUAUAUAUAAUUGGAUGUCACAUCAAACCUAUUUACUUUUAGAUAUUUUAGAAUUAUUGCCUGUGCUAAAAACAAGUAACAUAAAUCGAGGCACAUUCAAAUGUAAAUUAGAUGGAUGUAAUAAUUUUGUCAAUGGCCUUUAAUAUUUUUCUUUUCCUUAAUUUAAUUUUUUUCUAACUUACUUUAGAAUGUUCUCCCAAUGGGGUAUUCCCCCAGUGAACCAUUCUCUCCUAUGAACAUUUUACACUUGUUACCUGUUUCUUGAAAGAAAGCAUAGCACUUUUAUAAUCCUUUCAGUGGUUUCCCAGUACAGGACUACAUUCAAGUUACAAUGGAGUACAAAAAUCUUAGAACUGGUUUAUUUUGUAAGUUACAUGUAUUUAUUUUUUACUUUUGUUUUGACAAAGUCAGUAUCAUUCAUUUUCUCUCCCCUGAAAUUAACUUAA